GCAAUCCUUGCAAGCCUAGUCGACUUUUGACAACUGUGCGGGAAUGAUCUUUUCGUGAAAAAGGAAGGAAUUUUAUUUUUGCGCUCGCUUGUUGAGAGGAGAUUUUAUUUUUAAGUCUUCGUUUUGUUAUUCGUUUUGUUUCUAUUUUUUUUUACAAUUUUAAUUUGCUUUAAUUCUGUUGCUUGUUAGAAGUUUUGCCUAUUUUGUUCUUGUUAUCCUUUUUUGUGCUUUUGCGGGGGAGGCCUAAAUAAUUUUUGUGUUAAUGUUUAAUUUAAUUUUUAUAUUAAAUUAAGUUUUGAGAAAGUUAUGAUAGCUGAGCUUAAGAAUUCGAAAAAUUAUACAAUGCAAGAGGAUGCUGGUGAUAUUAAUGCCGCCACUAUACCAUCAUCAGUCAUUUUACCGAAGGACCAAAGGAUAUCGAAUAUUGGAGCUGCUGCUACUACUGCUGCUUCUGCUUCUGCUGCUCUUGCUUCUGCUUCUGCUGGAGCACAUUCCCAUCAGGUGGAUUUAAAGUAUGAAAGUGAAAGCAGUUGUGGUGGCGGCUAUGAAUCGACAACUAGUACGACGACAACGACAACGACAACGACGUCGACGAUGACUACGAUGACUCAGACACAGACAAACUACAAACGAAAGUUGAUGCUCGCUUUUGGCCAUGUUAGUGGUAUUGGUAAAGCUGUUGAUGAUGGCUAUGGUGGUGGAGCAAGUGGUGGUGCUAGUGUUGUUAGCAUAUCAGAAAAGGAUAAUAUGGAAAUGGCAACAGCAUCAGACAAAAUGCAGCCAGAGUGUAAAAAGCUAAAGCUGUUUGUAGAAAAGGAGCAAAUGUUUGAGCAAUUUCAACCAUGGGCUUUAAAAACUUAUGGCGAUCAGGCCAAAACAAAAACAAUUACUCUUCGCAAGAAAGCUAGGAUUCUCAAAGCACUAGAAGGCAAAGAGCACAGUAAGCCUGAUAGUUCGAAAUUUCGUUUUUGGGUGAAAUCGAAAGCUUUCACAACAAAACGGCCUGAGUGUUUUGAGAAUGUUCCAGACUAUCCUGCGAGUAGUAAUACUGAAUAUCCUAACAAUAUUGAUCUUUUUGUAGCUUCAACAACAAAGGACUUCGGCCAACGAAUCUAUCGCAAGGUAGCUGUAGUCGAAGAAUUCUUCAACAUCAUCUAUAAUAUUCACGUGGAAAUGGGGGGUCGUAGCGGUAGACAUGCUGGCCAAAAGCGAACUUAUCGCAUUAUUACCGAAACCUUUGCAUUUUUACCACGUGAAGCUGUUACCAGAUUUCUUUCAGCUUGUCCAGAAUGCAAGAAAAAUCUUCGCCCUCUCUCGCCGGGUCGUCGUUCGCCAGCUGACGAUGAGAUACCCAAUGAGAGUUCUUCAGAAAUCGAUGUGCUUAAUGUUUCCUCGCAAACUGAGAGCUCGCUUGAAGUACCCAAGUCUUCUACUCCAGUUAGCAAAGUUGAAACACAAAUCAUGACAACGACAUUGCAAUAUAGAAAAAAAUCAUCUCCCAAUCCUAGCCCGAAAGAUGAAUUGAAGACUCCCACAGAGUCUUCGGCCUCAUCGUUUUCCUAUCCCAGUACUGUUCAGAAAAUCCGUGUUAAUCCCGCUUUACAGACACAAUUGUUUGACUCUGAACCGGUUCGGAAUGGAACACCAUCAGCUGCCACUGCUUCUACAUCGACAACCAAUAGCCCCCAAAUGAACUUUGGUUUGCUCAAUCGAGAAAGUCUGAUAAGAUACUAUGAGUUCAUGAGAAUCUUAUAUGGCCAAUCGAUGCCAGCACAGCCUGAGAAGAGUUCACCUAGAAAAGAAUCCACACCCAAGCCACAGACCUCACAAUCGAUUCCCCGAGAAAUUAUCAAUCUGACACUUGACGAUGAACCUACUACCAGUGCAGCAAGCUUGGCAAUACAAUCCGAAUCGGUCCAGAAGUCGACUCCCUCUCAACAGGUAUGUGCAAUUAAUCUAUCAAAACCUUUUUUCAGCAAUCCACAACCCGAUGUUAUUUCCAAACUUACUUCGAAUGUCAGUUCGAAUGCCACUUCAAACAUCACUUUGAAUGUCACUUCAAAUGUAGUUGCGAACAUCCCUCAACCAUCAAAACCACCAGAACCUUUGUCUUCAUCAGAACUUGCUUUGCCAACAUUAGUACCACCUCAGCCAAUCCAAAUUCCAAAACCACCUCCGAUGCAAGAGGGGAUCCCACUAGAGGGCCAACCUCAGCAAUUGGAUCUUCGAAAAUUAAAACCCAUCACGUCGACCUAUCUAACUCUAACACGAAGCAUGGGCUUAAGCGAUGCUGAUGCCCUAAUGUUAGACGACUUGGUGAGUAAGGACUUUAAAUAUACUUUAUAA